AAGUGAGGUCACAAUAGCGUAGCGGCAGCACGCAGCUUCGCCAUUUUCACAGUUCUUUGUGCGCUACUGUCUGCUAACAGUUUGUGUUUUUUAUCGAGCGAUUCUUCGCCUCGGGUUUUAAUUAAUUGGUAAAAAUGCAAGGAAACAGAGGCCCCCAGCACAACCACGGGUCUAACCGCCCGGGGGAGCAGAAAAAGCCCGGAGGAACAAACACAAACGGCCAGCAGCCCGAGCCCAGCGAUCAAACCAAGCCCAACGAGGCCUUAACCCUGGACCUGCAGAGCUUCAGGAAGCCCGGGGAGAAAACCUUCACCCAGCGCAGCAGGCUGUUUGUAGGAAACCUGCCAACCGGAAUUACCGAGGAGGAUCUCGAGAAGCUGUUUGAAAAGUACGGCAAUGCCAGUGAAAUCUUUAUCAACAAGGAAAGAGGCUUCGGCUUCAUCCGGCUGGAGACCAGGAUCAUAGCAGAGAUUGCUAGAGCCGAGCUGGAUGAUACUCCAUUCAGAGGCAGGCCCAUACGGGUGAGGUUUGCAACACACGGUGCUGCUUUGGCUGUGAGAAAUCUGCCCGAGUUUGUGUCCAACGAGCUGCUGGAGGAGGCCUUCGCCGUCUUUGGGCAGAUAGAAAGAGCUGUGGUCAUAGUGGAUGACCGAGGGAGGCCCACGGGGAAGGGAAUAGUGGAAUACACCUCAAAGCCAGCUGCAAGAAAGGCUUUGGAUAAGUGCAGUGAUGGUGCCUAUCUCCUCACAGCAUUCCCUCGCCCUAUUACAGUGGAGCCUAUGGAACAACUUGAUGAGGAGGAGGGACUGUCAGAAAAAAUCAUUAACAAAAACCAGCAGUAUCACAAAGAGCGUGAGCAGCCACCAAGAUUUGCUCAGCCGGGCUCCUUUGAGUACGAGUAUGCCAUGCGUUGGAAGGCCCUGAUGGAGAUGGAGAAGCAGCAGUAUGAGAUGGUAGAACGCAACAUGAAGGAGGCUCAGGAGAAGCUGGAGGCUGAGAUGGAGGCAGCCAGACACGAGCAUCAAGUGAUGCUGAUGAGGCAGGACCUGCUGAGGCGGCAGGAGGAGCUGCGGAGGAUGGAGGAGCUCCACAGUCAGGAGGUGCAGAAGAGGAAACAGGCUGAGCUCCGGCAGGAGGAGGAACGCCGGAGGAGAGAGGAGGAGAUGAGGAUGCGCAAUGAGGAGAUGCUGAAGAGGCAGCAGGAGGGCUUCAGAGGCAACUUCUCUGAAAACAGGGAGCAAGACAUGAGGAUGCACAUGGGCAGUCAUGGGAUGAACAGAAAUUCGCUGGGUGGCAGUUCUGGUCCUACUGGUACUCCAGGCAUGGCUGCCGAGAAUACUCCAAUGAUGCCGGGGUCAGGAAACAACAACAUGCCUGGAGGUCAGAGCGGCUUCCCAAGAGGCCUCCCUGGGCCUGGAGACUAUGGACCUAACAAGCAACGCAGAUUUUGAAUCACAUGUCUAUUACUUCCUUUUUCAUACUCACUGUAUUUUAAAGUUCAGGUAGUGAGUGUUACUUUUUGAACUUUGAAAAUUGUUGCAUGUAUUUCUUUUUUACCUUUUUAUUUGUACAUUUUGAGUUAUGUCUCUAGUACUAAAAUGUCAUAACUUUCCAAAUGAGCCAUGAAUUUUCUUUUAAUUUUCACCGUUAGUCUAUUUUUCAUAGGGAUAGCAGAUGUUUUGUGUCCUGGACAUGUUGACUUUUCUGGAAUAAAUUCAUGAUUCCCUAAGAA